AUGCCGAGCAUGGCCCUCGCUGCUGCCAAGAAGGCUGCGGCGGAGCAUCCGGGUCUGUGUGGGGUUUACCACGCUCACUUAAUAGCAGCCGUGCGGACCGAGGACGUGACAAGUCGAUCGGGCUCCACCUCUGCCAACAAGUUCCGUAACCAAGCGUGCUACGACGGGGCCAUGGCGAUGAAUGCGCGUGGGAAGGGAGUGCAGCUGAAGAGAGCAGAGUGCUUCACGCAUGCCUGCCGGGCAGUUUGGCCUGGAAAUGAGGAAAUGGAGGCCUCUGUGGUAGAGGCAUUUUGAGAGUAAAUAGAGGUAGUGUCAUCCUUCGCAACACCUCUACAUGUUGCCGUGUUGCAUUCAUGUCUUGAACGUCGUGGGUGAAGACCGGCUGCCUUUCACUGUUGUGAUGAAAAUAUGCAUGUAUGUGGAUGUGGACGUGGGCUCACCAAGAGGAGUGCCGAGAAACAACCGCCCUGUCUUGAUGUAUGCUUGGAUUUUUGAAAAAGAACACCGCGUGAUGCGUGCGAUGUGUAUGUGUAGGUACUACCUGAUCGGCAGCACAUGCGGGUUGCAACUGCACCGGUGGCCACACCCCGGUCUACAUAUACGGGCCCAAAGAUUGUCGGACGACGUCGUAGUCUUGAUUCAUUAUUUGGCUUAUUUUGUUGGUUUGUUUGAAAGCGCUUGUCUGCGAGAGCGUUGGACUCUUUUGUUUGUUGUUAUGCCCGGCAAUUGACACCAGCGAUGCCUGGCGUAUUAUCUUUCCCGAAGUGUGCACCCUUGUGGGGUAGUUGGCCUGUGACGAUGGUAGACGUACGCGUCACACGGGUACGGAUAUUAAUGGCGCUGACCAGAGGCUGCCGCUGUUUUUUUCAUUGUGAAGA